ACAGCCUAAAAAUACUGGUGUCUAUUACUGCAAAGUGUUACAAGAUAUACCAAGACUUACAAUUGUAUACGGAAAGGGGACAAGUGUAUAUAUUGUGAAUAGUUCAACAGAUGUCACAACACCAAGUCCAACAGUGACCACUUCAACUCCCUCUGGGGACAUAGUGAUGAUAUCGUCACUGUCAGUUUUAGGAAUUAUCGUCCUGAUUUUCUGCAUUGCCUUUGUCAUUCACAUACAUUACAAAAAACAGCAAACAAGUGACCUUAGAGCAAAUGGUGCCCUAGUGGAUGCUUUAGGACAACAAACUCCGAUUACUCCUGAAACUGUUGUUUAUGCUGCAAUAAACAUUCAACAAAAUCAAGAGAGCGUAAAAACAAGAAACAAGAACUGUGAAGCUCUGGUAUCUGUGUCCUAUACUGAAGAUACAGUGACUUACUCUGAAGUCCACAUAAAGAGUGAACUAAAGGAUAAAGGGUGAUUUUCAUUUUACUUUGUCUGAAUCUUGUUAACUGUAACCUUUCUGAGUUUGUAACAGUUUGAAUUAAUAAAGAUGUUAGCUUUAAUCUUCAUUUGUUUUUAAUGAAGAUUGAAUUUCAAUUGUCUUAAGCAGAAAUGUCUCCGUGAUGCAGUAAUUCUUGUUUUCUCAUCAGUGUAGGACUGUAGAUUCACCCACUCAGUCAAGAAAUUACUGAAUACGAAAUGUUGAAUAAACACACAGUCAAUAGCAAUAUAUGCACAACUCCAUGUAAUGGCAGAAUUGCUUAGCGGCCCACAGCAUCUUUAUCUUUCUGUUGAGUGCACUUAUGACUAAUAGAUUUCAAAUUAACAUAAAAUGAUAACACUGUGAAAGUUCAUUUAGUAAGAAGUGUGUUGGUUACUGCAUGCUUAAUAU